AUGCGAGGAGAAGAAGCAAUGUAUCCAAUGGCUACGAAGCAGAAUGCACUCGGAACAGACCAUAUGCUCCAAAGUUCGUUUGUUAUGAAUGAUGAUGAAACUGUGUCAGUAAAUGGCAACAGUCGCAAAACUGGUAAUAUCAUAGGUCUUGAUGAUGUCGGUGUAACAGCCAUCAACAUUCUUCCAAAAAUGCUGUCCCCAGCAGAUGUGAAGAAACACGUGAGAGCUUCGCUUAAAUCCGUUCCAGUCGGCAAAUCACCGGCAGAACUCCAAAAUGGAAAAGAUUUCUACAAAUUCUUCUUCACAAAUUACCCCGAUCUUCGCCGUUAUUUCAAAGGGGCAGAAAACUUUACGGCCGAGGACGUUCAGAAAAGUGAGAGGUUCCAAAACCAAGGUCAACGUCUUCUACUCGCGGUCCACCUACUUGCCGAUACCUUUGAUGACGAAGCAACGUUUCGUGCGUACGCACGUGAAACAAUAAAUCGACACCGUAUCUUCAAGAUGGAUCCGGUACUUUGGUCGGUAAGCAUUCACACGUCAUUUGCUUUUUCUGUGUAA